AUGAGCUUCGCGGAACGCAAGAUUGACCAAUCAGCGAUGUUAGCAGGCGCUGCCAAUAACAAGCUUCCGGAAAUAACGAAAUGCAAUAAUUUCUCUCCGACUUCUAAAAGCAUGCGCGUCUGGCAAGCUUACAGUGUUGGAGAGGGCAUGGAUAUAGAGGGGUCUUGGAAUGAACAGGAUGUCCCUGGGCUCGAAAGGAUUGGAGAGUGGACGAAAAAGAUACCGCGUGUUACACAAAAGAAAUACUAGCCAAAGGGAAAACUCGAUGUUACCGAGUCUGUCAAUACUUUUAGCUGCAUUGAACCUGCUUGUAUUGCCACCUUCAAGACAAUCGAAGUGGCGGAUGAGCACAUGGACACAGGCCAUCAUAUUAUGACUCCAGAGAAGGAGACCAUAUACGACAACGUAUGUAGGCAGCGGGCAGCUGUAACGACAUCCGUUAAAGGUGCUGGCCAGAAAAUUGGCAGGACAGAUUAUGUUCUUGUGCCAAACUUACGACUGAGCAGAGGAUGGGCCUUAAAGAAGCAGAAAGCUGCGGUAAGAAUAUCUUCAGGUGUCAAAGAAUUUUUGACAAAUUUAUUCAACAAGGGAGCUAAGGAUCUUCGCCAAAAGUUAUGCCAGCAGACGUCGUGGAGCAAAUAA